UCAUUAGAUAAAAUGCAUCAAUUUAGGACGCAUUUUGGCGGUAGGGAGAGGGUACUAAUUCUAUAUAUUCUCCUGGGAUUCUCUCUGAAGACCAGUUCUGAAUUUUGCUGUGUUCAUCGUGUCUUGAAGAUGGAGAUCACAAAAAUUGUUCUCAUUUCCUUCAGCAUCGCCUUCGCAUCUGCAGGGUUUUCCCAAUACUACAUCACGCCCCAGUUUGUAUCACACUUUAGUCCAGCUGUUCCAAUAGCUCAUCAACAACCAUUGACGUCGCAAAUAUCGCAGAAUUCAUUCAUCGACUUUCCAUCAAUCUACCACGCACAGCCAUUUUACUUCAGCCAGAACGUCAACCCUUUCUUUCAGCAUGCCUUUUCAGCGCCGAUUCCACAGGUAAAUGUGGAACAAGCAAGAAGUAGUAACCGGGAAACUUCCGGUAAGUUGAUUCUAAAUCCAACCGUAAAGAAGAAGAGGAAGUUUAAGGGGUGAUUCAAAAUAUAG